AUGAUGUGGGGAGAGUUGUUUGACCACAUAAUACAAAAGGCGAGGCUCUCAGAGGCUGAGGCCCGCCGUUUCUUUCAGCAGAUUGUUUCGGCUGUUGAGCACUGCCACCAGCACCUUAUAUGCCACCGAGACCUAAAACCCGAAAAUGUUUUAUUAGAUGAAAACCUAAAUGUGAAGGUUGGCGACUUUGGCCUCUCAAACUUUAUGCGGGAUGGAGAGUUUCUUAAGACCUCUUGCGGCUCUCCUAAUUAUGCAUCGCCGGAGGUUGUCUCUGGCAAAGCCUACGCGGGCCCUGAGCUGGGUUACGACGUGAGCGACCCUUCGCACUUUUUGGGGGGUUUAGUAGGGUUUCCGAGAAGCCGAGAGGCGGUGGCUUACCAGCUGCUAUCGGACAGAAGAAGAAAACAGAUUGCUCUCUCAGGGUCAGCAGCAGCAGCGGGAGCAGCAACGGGCGCAUGGGGGGUGGGCCAGCACCAGCCCCAUCCCCAGCACCAGCAACAGCAGCAGCAGCAGCAGCAGCAGCAGCAGCAGCAGCAGCAGCAGCAGCAGAAGCUUCACCACGAACCCCCCACAUUCCCCGCCAGCGUGCAGCGGCGGCUCAGCUUCUGCUGCUGCGGGCGUGCAUCCUCCUGUGCUGCAGCAGCAUCGUUGCUGUCGCUGCAGCAGCAGCUUGGUGGCACCAUACCCAGCAGCAGCAGCAGCAGCAGCAGUAGCAGCAGCAGCAGCAGCGGUAGCAGCAACGGGCGCAUCGGGGGUGGGCCAGCACCAGCACCAGCCCCAGCCCCAGCAACAGCAGCAGCAGCAGCAGCAGCAGCAGCAGCAGCAGCAGCAGCAGCAGCAGAAGCUUCACCAGAAUGCCGAUCCCCGGGGGGGGGAGGGUCUUGGGCCUCAGCACGAUGGAAGCUAGGUAUUGAGGCGGCCUUUGAUGCUCCUAUUCUUAUCACCGCUAUACUCAACACCCUGAAAGCCUGCGACUAUGAGUGGCAUCUGGUCUCCCAGUAUAAGCUGCGUUGCCGGCCGCUGCGUGCAGCGCAGCAGCAGCAGCAGCAGCAGCAGCAGCAGCAGGACCCCAGCAGCAGCAGCAGCAGCAACAGCAGCAGCAGCAGCAGCAGCAGCAGCAGCAGCGGGGACUUUGCAUGCGACGAUGAAGACAUCAUUCUGGCGGUGCAGCUAUUUAAGGUCGGCAGCAACCGCUACGUUAUAGACGUCCAGCUCUUUGAGGGUUGCGCCAUGGGUAAGCCCCCAGCUAGCUAG